AUGGGAUUCCUGCAAGUACAUCCGCUCAAUUGGAAGUUCUUGCUGGCUGCUUAUGUGAUUGGGGGAACUGCGAACCAGAACACUUUCCUGGCCAUCCAUGAGAUCACUCACAACCUGGCAUUCAGGAGCAUUCAAACUAACAAAUGGUGGGCAAUUCUGGUUAAUUGCGCCAUUGGCGUGCCCUACGCUAUGUUGUUCAAAGUGGGUGGUCGGCGAGCGGCUAUGCGCUGCUACCUUCCUUCUCUGACCAUCUACAUUGAUCACCCCUACAGCCUUAUCACAUCGAGCACCACAAACAUCUCGGGGAAGAAGGCAUGGACACGGAUCUCCCCACCAAGCUGGAACUGCUGUGUCUCAAGAAUGUUCUUGGCAAGGCCUUCUUUGCGUGAGUGUGCUCAAUGGUGCGCAGUGCUGCCGCGCUUCAGCUUCUAACAAGCAGGUCCACAAACUGCCUCAGCACCUUUCAAAUUUUCUUCUACGCGUUGCGCCCGGGAUUCGUCAAAGCGCAAAAGCCCACAGUGUGGUUGUUUGCCAAUUUUGCGCUGCUUCUGGCGUUUGACUUUGCCUUGGUUCAGACUGCUGGGUGGUACGCCAUGUUCUACCUGCUGGAGAGCAGCUUCUUUGCUGGUAGCCUGCACCCCUGCGCUGCUCACUUCAUUGCCGAGCAUUACAUGUUCGCCGGCGUCCAAAUGGAGACGUGGAGCUAUUAUGGUCCGCUCAAUGCGCUGGCGUACAAUGUGAGUGAGAGCGGGCUGAGGAAAGCGGAGGGAAACGUGGCCGUCGGCGAUGCUGAGAUUCGAUGCGGCUUUUGCUAUCUACAGGUUGGCUACCAUAACGAGCACCACGACUUUCCAUCCAUACCUUGGUCUCGAUUGCCAGCGCUGCGAGCGGCAGCGCCGGAGUUCUACGACGUCUUGCCGCGCCACACCAGCUGGCCUCUCGUCACUGUGCAGUUCAUACUGGGCACAGACUCUGGUCUGUACGCGCGCAUCAAGAGACUGUCGAAGAAGGCGGGGUGCAAGGCUCUCGAAGGAGCCAAAGAAGCCGUCAGCGCUGCUGGUGGACCGACAGACGUUCGGGUCUCUGAUGAUGUGGCCCAGAAGGCUCACAAGCAGCACGACAAGGAUGCUUGA